CAGUCUCUCUUUCCCCGACUGCCCCCUAUUCCCUUUAUAUCCUUGUGCUUCUCUCGCACUCUUAAAUUUGGUGUAUAAUUGAAAUCGGUCAUACAGACAGCUCUCUAAUCUCUAGUUAUCUUGGCAACCUGCUACAGAGGUGGAAAUGGCGGAGCGUACUGUUCCUCAUGCUUACCCAAUGAGUAUGGAUUAUGAGAUGUGUACACCCCCUCGAAUCUAUGAUCAGAACUUCGCAGAGGCACUGACUCCCAAGGACCUGUUGGCCCCCGUCCUGUAUCACGGAUACUACAUCCGUCCCCGCAUCAACAAACAGCUUGAGAGAGGUUUCUCCCUGGUAGAAAGUGAAGACGAUUGGUAUCGAGUACUGCUGGAUGUAUGCCAGUUCACACCAGAUGAGAUAAGCAUACGGACUGUAGACAACUUGUUGGAAGUGACAGGACGGCACGCUCAGAGAAUGGACGAGCAUGGUUUUGUGAGCCGAGAGUUCACCCGUACUUACAUCUUGCCAAUGGGUGUAGAUCCACUGCUGGUGCAGGUGUCUCUCUCUCACGACGGGAUACUGUGUAUCCAAGCGCCGCGGAAAACAGAGGACCUGGAGCCUAAGAUCAAUAAGCUCAAGAUUAAAGUGGACAGGAAGGAAAGCGUUCCUAAAGUGGACUGAGAUACAUUUGUUUUUUUAGUUAAGGUUGGGGUUUAUACUUUUUAGCUGUUAAAGUUUGGCUUCCUAACAAGAAUAAAACAUUUUAAAUGUAAAUUACGCCUUUACGUUUUUAUACAUGUUGUUAAGGCACAACAUUUUCUAGUAAGGUUAAUGCCAAACUUUUAGAUCUGAAGUUAAAGUUCAAGCUUUAUUAAAAUCUCUUUCGGGCAAUUUGGAUGCAAAGUUUCUGUUGCAUGUAACUUGUGAAAGAAUUCAUUUGUGAUUUUUUCAAAAUAACUGAAAGAAAACAAAAAUUGUUUAUUGUUUUAUAGCUAGCAACUAUAUUUUAAAUCUGGCUUACUAUUGUUGCAUACAGUUAAAGCGCAUGUAAUCAAUGGUUUCCUAAGAAUUCAGUACCAGUACCAUUUGUGACCCUGGAUCACAAAACCAGUCUUAAGUAGCACGGGAACAUUUUUAGUAAAAGACAAAAAUACAUUGUGUGGGUCAAAAUUAUCUAUUUUUCUUUUAUGCCAAAAAUCAUUAGGUUAUUAAGUAAAGAUCAUUGUAACAAAGUUCAAUGUAGGGAAGGAAGGAGGCGGGAACCGGCGAACAUUUAAACAAUAAACUUUAAUCAAAAAUAAACAAACAAUAACACGGAAGUAAAAGGCCGGCAGCCACCUCACGGUCGACUGCCGGCCACACAAACAUAAAUAAAACUUAACAUUUCCAGGCCCGGUCCUCUCUCGUCGGCAGUCCCGUCGCUCGUCCUCUUAUGCUCCCGAGCUCCCCUGUGAGUCAUGCGGGACCGGUGCGCGUACAGCUGAUACUCAUUAUCACUCACGCCACCGGCCCCGCCUUCCUGCCCCACGGCUCUCGUCCCGCCUUCCUCGCUACAAUCAUGUUCCAUGAAGAUAUUUUGUAAAUUUUCUACCUUAAAUAUAUAAAAACUUUAUAUUUUUGUGAGUGGAUGGUCUGCCACAGUGCCCCUAAUUAACAACUUCAAAGCAAUUUUCUCAAUAUUUUGAUUUUUUUGCGCUCUCAGAUUCUAGAGUUUUAAACGGUAUCUCAGUCAGAUAUUGUCCUAUUCUAACAACUCAUAUAUCUAUAGAAAGUUUAUUUAUUCAGCUUUCAGAUUAUGUAAAAAUCUCAAUUUUGAAAAAUUUACCCAUAAGACUGGUUUUGUUGUCCAGGGUCACAUUUUUACCUGUUUACAUUCACAUGCAUGCAAAUUUCCACAGAUAUGCUAAAUCCAAUACAGUUUCUAUGCUAUGCACAUGCAGUUCACAUGCUAUGCCAAUAAUAGCAGUACUAUAUUAAAGGUCCAAUGUGUCAUUUUUUAGAGGAUCUGCAGAAAUGCAAUAUAAUAUACAUAAAUAUGUCUUCAGAUGUGU